GAACUGAAUACGGCACUCAGUGCUCUGGUCGACAUAUUCCCUGACGUGCAGCCUGAUGUCUUUCGCGAGAUGCUUCUAAACCUGUCCAGGGAGAGCAGGCUCGAGGUUGUGACUGAACAUCUCUUGAGAAAUGGGGCACAGUACAUCCAAGGACGCUACAGGAAGAAACCGUCCGACGACAAGACAAGCCAGCCACGCCACCUCGAACCGCUUCCCAGAGACGAGACCUUCAGAUCCGAUAAAUACAAGCGUGCUGUCAAGGACACUCUAUAUCUCGAAUUCAGGAACCUGAGUCACUCUUCCAUAAGAGCCGUUCUGGCCGAGCACAACUAUUCAUACACCCUUGCACGUCCGACUCUGCAGCAUCUGUCGUCAACAUCUUGGAGAGCCACCAUUUCCUCGUUCUUCACUCGGAAACGUCCUGCUACUUCUGAUCCCGAAGCCCACCCUCACGUCGAGUGGCUGCCCAAUCCUACCGAACCUCGCAGCCUAUCUCCAUAUCUCAAGCGUACUGGCUGCACAGAGCUAGACCAAGAGUUGUAUUGUGUAUACAUUGCUCCUGUCCUUGCUCGCCAAAACCAGGAACGAUUGGAUCGAGACCAAGCUAUGGCGUACGAACUCAACGAGACCGAAGCUGAAGAAGCCGACGCUUUGUUUGACUGCGAAUGCUGCUUCACUUCUUAUCCCUUCGAGUACAUAUCUACAUGUGACUCUGACGUUGGUCACUUCAUCUGCUUCCGAUGCAUAAAGCUUGCGGCGAACGAGGCCCUGUAUGGUCAAGGAUGGGCAAGGAACAUUGACCUGUCAAAAUCCUCAUUGCGGUGCCUGGCCCCAUCUGUACCAGACUGUCAAGGAUGCAUAGAUGCAGAACUGGUUCGGAGAGCUCUGUGCACCGAGAAGGAUGGUGUUACAAACUGGCAAAAGCUUCAAGAGCGUGUCAUGUCGGAGAACUUGAUCAAGAGCCAGCUGCCCCUUUUGCGGUGUCUCUCUUGUCCUUAUGCCGAGAUUGACGAACCGACCAGUCUGAGAUUCAAAGAUCCUAUGUCUUUGACUGCCUACCUCAUCCACAUGCCAAUGGAUCCGCUAAAAUCUUUAAUUGCGUUGAUGCUCAUUUUUGUUUACCCACUGUUGUGGGUCAUGUUGCACCCUCUUCUAAUUCUCAUCGCAGUGGUCGACAAGACAGCAUACAAUCGAGUCCAGGCAUCUCGAACACGUACAAUUCGCCGGAGACGAGGGUUAAAGUUUACUUGCCAGUCUUCAAUCUGCGGCAAAAGUUCAUGCACCAACUGCGGUGGUCCAUGGUCAGAUCCGCAUACCUGCCAUGAAUCCUCUUUACAAUCUCUUAGACAGGCGAUCGAGGCUGCUACAACAAGCAGUAUCAAGCGCACCUGUCCAAAGUGUAACCUCAGCUUCGUCAAGUCGAGUGGCUGUAACAAGCUCGUUUGCAAUUGUGGAUACACCAUGUGUUAUGUCUGUCGCCAAGAAAUUGGAAAAGAAGGGUAUGCCCAUUUCUGUCAGCACUUCAGAGAGGCGGGAGGUCGCUGUACAGAGUGCGACCGUUGCGACCUAUACAUUGUUGAGGACGAAGAAGGCACCAUCCGCAAGGCUGCAGUCCAGGCUGAAAAAGAUUGGCUGCAGCGGGAGGGA